AAUGUUCAACGAAUGGCCAUCUGCGGAAGGUUAUUUGUUGAGUAGAGGAGCAAUAGUGCAUGAUGGGACAGUUAUUUGCUUCAUGGCGUUGACUGCCUGGCUGGACACUGAGCUGAUAGAACAGGUGACGGUUAUUUUCACUGUCACACAGCCAUGUGUUGAGAUAUUUGUAACGGUUUACCCACUGAGGGAACUGCAGUGGUGGUAUUGUUUGGCUCUGUGUUGAAAAGAGUAAUCCAGGACCCCUCUUUUUAUUUACACAAACUCACAAUGGUGUGUGGUGACUUGCACUGACAACUGGAUUUAGCACACAAUGCAUGGUGUUGUGUGUCUGUGUUUAUUGUCUUCCCUGUGCACAAAAAUGCUGUCAACACACUUUGCAUAGAUUAAAAGUUGCCUAUUUCCUUUGAGCUAUUCAAAUAAACUCGAUGUGUAUUUUUAGGGAAUGAAGUUAUUUCUUGUUGUAUUAAGAUAGCAUCAAAACGUACAUUUCUAAUGUUGGACAUCAUUUGAAAGUCGUCUGAAUAUUGUGAAUCUUUUAUGACCAAAAUAAAAUAUCUGGUGAAAAAAGUGAUCAAUGGACUUGUUAGUGUUAGUUUAGAUCUGUUAUCCUGGAUGUGUUUUGAGUAUCAUGUUAGAAACUGUAACAAUUUACCCAUAAUUCUCAAAUUUCAUUUACUUUUAUAUAUUUUUCUUUGUCUAGUGUUGGAAACGUGGACUUAACAUCACAUCAUUGUUUGGAAACACAAACUCCAUUGCAACACAAUACUCCAGUGCCAUUCAGAUGACGUUUGAGAGAACGGCGUAAUAAUCGUGUCCUAAAUGGCAAUGGAUAGGUAAAAUACUGAUUCGGCUUCAAUUUAGGCCUGCGCAGUUAAUCUAAUCGAUUUUGUCUUCCCACAAUUAAAUGAGCACGAUCGCCUGCGAUGUUGACUGUUUCACCUCUGUGAGCUUUACAGUACCUCUCGUCUGGACCUUGCUGGACCCUGCUGCGCCCUCUCUCCCUGUGGGAAGAAAUAGUGCUCCCUGCGUCAAGUCAAAAUAAUUAUAAUCAUAAUUUUGGCCAUCAUUUAAUAGCCCUUUAACCCUGGUUGGUCACGACUGGACAUUUCUCAGAAUAAAAUAAUGCGAUGGUCAUUAAUUCAUAGAGAUUGUUUUUUUCUCGCCCUCUUUUCACAAAAUGCAAACUAUAAUGCUCUUAUCUUUGAAUAAAAGGCCUUUGAAAUAAAUUGAAAAGUAAUUUGGGAUGUUCAGUACUGGCUCCAUGGACUUUGCUUUGGAUCAUUACAAUGAUGAACACGUGCUGUGCUGCCUAAUCAAUUCAAGGCUCUAGUAAAUGCAUAGCUUAUUUUCAUGCAAAGUUAUGCAUAGAUCUUCUGGUGUUUGUCACAUGGACACUGCAUGGGCUUGGGAUGCGGGAUUAUUUUCUUCACUGCACCUAACGCCUCCCUUUUUAUACUUUGGCCAACCAAUAGCCAAUAACACGCCUUACUUUAUUCACAAACUCCUCGUUUCUGUCCACAUGUGGAGCACAAUUUCUUUCUCACUUCGUGGUGCAUUCCUGAUGACUUUGAAUUGGUCUCAAAACAAUUGUCAUUGCCCUUCCCCCUGUUACUCCUGUUGGUUUUCCUUAAUCGGCUAUAGGAGAAUUGAAUUCUUCUGCUCCUCCUGAGAUGGCCAUCCAUGUGAGCAAUGCUCACAGCAACGGAGAACUGCAGAAUCCUCCCGAAACCUCCCCAGAAGAAUCUAGUGGUCCGACUCCUGCUGAUCAAGUAAACGGUGUAGCUGCUGCGACUCAAGAAAUGGCCGCUUGCGCCGAGACCGGGUUGGCGGCAACACCUGUCCCAAAUCCGGAGACGACUGCUGAUCCAGCAGGGGCUUCAGCUGACCUUCCAGUUCAUGAAGAGUUUGUGCCUUUGGCUGAUACUCCCAUUCUUUCUUCAGAAGAGCCACAUGCCACAGCUCCAACUGUAGAGGUAGAAAGUCAGGAGUCUGUUGUUGCUGCUGAAAUAUCGGCCUGCCAAGACGUGGAGCAGAUUUCUGUUGAUGCAAAAGUCCCCGAAGGCGAGGCUAGUGCCGUGGCAGAAGAAAUACCUUGUGAUCCAAAAACAUCCGCCCCUGAAGAGGUCAUUGCAAAUGGUGAAGAUGUGAAGGCAGCUGAUGCCCCAGUGUCGAGGAAUCUUUUGCUGGACGCAGCUAAAGCAUUGCCUUGUGAAGUGAAUGUCACCGUGGCCACUCAAAAUGAAGAUCUUGAUAAAGAAGCUGUAACGCUUCUCUCCAAGGCCAUUCAGUCUAAGGAGUCCUCCAAACGUGAAGGCCCACCUCAUUCCACUUGCCGCCUGUCAGGCUCCGGUACUGAAUCUGACAGCGAUGACUCCGUCCCCGAUCUGGAGGAACAGGAUUCGGCACAGACACAGACGCAGCAAGCUCAGCUUGCCGCUGCUGCUGAAAUCGACGAGGAGCCGGUCAGCAAAGCCAAACAGAGCCGUAGUGAAAAGAAAGCACGAAAGGCAAUGUCAAAGCUUGGUCUCAGGCAGGUAACGGGGGUCACCAGGGUCACCAUUCGCAAGUCAAAGAACAUCUUGUUUGUAAUCACCAAACCAGACGUCUACAAGAGUCCUGCAUCAGACACAUACAUCGUCUUCGGUGAAGCUAAGAUCGAAGAUCUUUCCCAGCAAGCCCAGCUGGCUGCCGCAGAAAAAUUCAAGGUACAGGGAGAAGCUGUAUCAAACAUCCAGGAAAACACACAGACGCCAACAGUACAGGAGGAAAGCGAAGAAGAAGAGGUGGAUGAGACCGGAGUUGAGGUCAAGGACAUCGAACUCGUUAUGUCACAAGCCAACGUGUCGCGAGCGAAGGCUGUACGCGCCCUGAAAAACAACAACAACGACAUUGUCAAUGCUAUUAUGGAGUUGACAAUGUAACGGAGCCCCGGAAACAAAGGGUUAAAGAAAGGUUGCUGAUUUAAGCUCAUUUAUACAAUUUAUACCCAAGAUGGAAAUAAAGUUGUGGAUGAUAAAUUGAAAAAAUU